CGAGGCUGUAGAAUAUGGUCGCCAACGUCGCAAGGCUUGGGAAACAACGCGACAGACGCGUUGAACAAUCGUGGAAAGAGCUCACCCCAUACUCCCAGCAUGCCCGGUGACCGCAAGUCUUUAAAAUGCUACAUCUAAAUCCGCCUAGAUUGACAUACGCGGAUGGAAUUAACUGAGGCGUUGUAGCCAUGGCGUCGGUAACCUCACUGGGGCUUCAUUACCCCACGGCUCUACAAUACUUACAACAGGAGCAUCUGCUGUCUGAGGACCCGGCGCCCGAUACCUAUGAGUGGCAAACAAUAGCCAAUGAUGACGAAGGAGUUGCUGGCUACGAUGAACUCGUCACUACGAAAACUUGUGUCGUCUGGUGUAGAGGUGGAAUCGUCCGAAAGAGCUUUCGAUUUGAGAUUGAAGACGAACCGGUCACCCAAGCACUUCUCACGAGUUUCUCGACAGAGCACACGAAAAGGCAUUUUGACCGAAAUAAGACAGCUUCUGCCGAUUCCCAACCCCACCACGCGGAUGCGGAACGGACGACUACACUGGAUGAGGAGCACAGCCGGUCAAAAGCCCUUGUGGUGUUUUUAAGGACACAGGCUCAUAUCUACUUCCUCUCUGGCACGAGCCAUAUCGUCCACCUACCAUUCGAAGUUGAGCAUGCAAUUGCCUCUACAAACGGGCUCAUUCUGCAAAGGAAACUGCAGUCCGAAAAGCUGGCGCCAUUGUCAUUGAAGUUUCCUCGCGUCCCGCCGAAUUCCUUUAUGACUUCUCAGCCGCAACCAUGGUCUGCAGCUAGUUCAAUCCAAUCUACAUUCUCUAUUGCAAGCCUCGGCUCUCCACAGCAGCUUAACUUGCCGCCGACAUCUUUACUGGGUGACUUAUGGCAAUCUCCACCUCGCAAAGAUGAUUCUCGCUGGCCCCGACUUUUUUCGCUCACGGAUCCGCUCGCGGAACUAGGUCUCGUUGUGGCAUCUGCGAAGGUUAACGGUGCCAGGAGGUCAUCGCUGAGGGCUGUAGCCAUAGACCCUGCUGACGAAAUUAUCCAUGUGACUGAUCCUCAUAACGUUACUGAAACGAAUAUGGAUGUCGAGGGUUCAGUUACACUUGCUGUCACUCUGAACCGAGAAACGAGCAUGUAUACAGUCUGGACAAUGGAAUAUGUGAACCAAGAAGAACCACUUGUUAGAAAGCCAUCAAGGACGAGUGAUGUAAAGCCUCGCCGCCGAAGCUCAUUCAUGCCAGGCACCGGUGCAACAACCCCAGUUGCAAAUACCCAACAUACCUUUCGAGAGAGUUUUGGAGGUGCCGGUGCUGGUAUUAGCAUACUGAAGCCUUCGAAGAGGAGAGAAGACGACGCAGUCAAACAAAAUGUCGAUUUUGUUUCCUCUUUGGAUCCAGACUCGGAAAUCAACGGUGUUCCGAGGAGGAAAUCAAGACGUGUGAGCUCAAUGUUAGCAAGAGGCGACCUUUCGGCCUCGGCAUCUCACGAUCGAUCGAUGUUCUCGGAAAUGAGCACCGUGGGACAACAACCUAAUCCACGUGUGGAUUCCAUGGGGGGCCACAACGGCAGGGCCAGCUUUGGAUUUCACAAGGGAUUCAAGAAUUCUACUUCGAACCAGCUUCCGCUUAAUUCUAGUGUCAAUAGCUUUCUUGAGGCUCCGAUUGAUGACCUUCUGGAGGAACUGAAGGCUGGAGGAGACUUUGAAGGGUUUCACAAUAUGGGACUUGAAGAUGAAGACUUCGAGGGUCUCAGGAAGGAGAUCGUGUUCACGAAGAUCGAAUCCAUACCUGUCGAACGCAGCAACUUACGAUAUUCAACCCAACACAAACCAGCGCAGAGCCAAUGUCGAGUUUUCACUUUGGCUGCUCCAUCAAGCUCUCUGCAACGAAACCAAAUUUUCCUCUGUAUACUCGAUCCCGAGGAGAAGAAAUUUGUUGUUGUUACCCUCAAUUCAACAUUGAGUAAAAAGAAGCGAACACCUCAGGGUGCACAGAAAGCCAAAAAGCAGAAUCCAGAUGGAACCAAGGACCCAGUUGUUAACUGGGGCGAUGUCGUCAGGGCAGAUCAUGUCAUAGAUGCUUGCAAGGUAUUUGACGGAGGAAUUUCCCGAAUUCUAGUUCUGUCGGAGACAACGGAUGGGUUCGGAGAACUGACACUACAAGCACCAUGGGGAUUACUGAUGAAAAUAUCUGUUCCAGAUAGGCUGGUAAUGAAUAACAUCUUAAGCCUCGGGUAUAAUGGCCAGCCUCACACCAAAUCCGAGGAAAAUCGGACGAAAAUGUUGAGUAGCGGGCCUAGAGCAUUACGUGGCUUACGAAACCCAUUGCCUGGUGGGAUGGUGGAUAUUGUCGACGAAGAGGGUAGAUCCCACCAGUUGCACUUGCGGAUGGAGGCUCGACUUCCCCUUGUGAAAAAUGUCCUCGAUGCCUGCAAAUACGUGCUGCCGAAUAAAGGCGGAGAAGCCGUUCUUGCUGGGUGGUGGAACAUUCGACAGUGGCUUACUGAUAAACCAUACAUUGGAUGCGACAACGAAUGGAGUGCUCUCGUUGUGUCGCUUUUUAUUCUUGUGCUGCCGUUUCGAGAUUUGCGAGCAAAGCCUCUUCGUGCUAGCCCGCGAAAACCCCGAGCCGGCUCCGUACGGACUGGCCGCACUGUAGACUCAGCUACAAAGGAUGUAGAUGACAUUCUCCAUCGCGAAUGCACCAUGGGGAAUUCACUUCCAUCCUGGGCUCUCACGAGUGGGUGGGACUGGCUGAGAAAAGAAGACAAACCUAACCUCAUAACUCCACCAAAGCCUUUAGGCGAUGAAAACAGCUUCUUACAAAGACACGUUAAUAUUGCUCAAGACUAUCUUAAUACGGCAUUGGGCGAUGCUGCUGUCGGGGCUAGUGGAUAUCUACCCACUGCCCAUAGCCAGAGUCCAGACUUGCGGAUGGAGGCCCUUACUCAAAUCAUCUCAGGACUACACUUAUUGCACGAAGAAUAUAAACUGAACAUCGCAACGGUCGACUCAUUAACUACAGGACGUGCCAGCCUGGCAUCUGUACUGUCGCAAAUGUGCAGAUGGAUAGGCUGGAACGACUGGGCGGACUCAUACGACAUUGAAGAUGCUGUGGCAGAGGGCGUUGCGUUCAAUCCCACAACUGCCACAGUUUUAGCUCAGCCUUCUCUUCCGCCGUCUAUCUACGACUGGAUUGAAAAGUCGUUAACUGUGAAGAUAAACACGCCAUUUAUGGCACUUACAGAUGUCAAAAAUAGGACGUAUAGUAAUGGUGGCUCCAUAAUUGAGCAAGAAUCGUCGUCCAUCACACCACGGACGUCACUAUUCAGAAAGCUAUUCACUGUUGUACAUCCGAGCGCGUCGUCAAUUGAGAUUGUGGAAGCCCUGUACGCAGCUGGUUUCACCACGCAUAUUUUAGAUACCCUUCCGGAGGCUCUUCUCAUACCUUUCAGAGAGGCAUUGAUCGAUUGUCAAAGUCAUCUUCAGGUCUCCUGGGGGAGAGAGCUUCUGAGUCUCGUCGGACGAGAAGAUGUUAACAUGCUCCUUUUCCCCGAACAAAGGGAAAGGGUUGCAUACGCAUCCCCCUUGGCGCCAACACAUGAGUCGAGUAAUGAUGUACAUUCGAUCUGUUUAUCACUUUCGGAACAAGAGACUGUCGGCGCUUUUGAUGGCUCUGCAGAAGUUGAUCGGCAAUCAAUCAGUCGACUCAUUUUCAAAGAUGAUAGGCGGCUCAAUGAAGCGGCCAAAAUCUUGAACACCUCGAAACCCACUUUGGCCCGCUGCGAACCGGAACCGGACUGGUCAGAGUCCGAUUUACUAGAGGCACAGAAGGUACAUGUACAGGAAUUGGCGGUUCGAACAUUGGCCGUGCCCCCUGGACGAGGACUGUUGUACUUCAGUGCACGGGUUCCCCUUUUGACAGAGAAGUUUCCUAUUGGAGGGUUUAACCUUCACUGUGUGUUCAAACCAGCAAAUAACACUGUUGGGGUCGAUAAGAAUGCAUUCACCGAGGAGAAAGUGUGCUGGGCAUUUUUCCAUGCUGGCGUCUCGGCAGGGUUGGGCAUUUCCCGCCAAGCAAGAGGCAUAGAUACCUCUUGGAUUUUGUUCAACAAGCCUCAGGAAUUAAGCAAUCGACAUGCAGGAUUCCUCCUUGCGCUCGGCUUAAACGGCCAUCUUAAAUGUGUGGCGAAAUGGGUAGCAUUUAAAUACCUCACCCCUAAACAUACCAUGACGUCCAUUGGCCUGUUGUUGGGAUUGGCAGCAUCAUAUCUUGGGACGAUGGAUUCUCUUAUUACUCGCCUUCUCUCCGUACAUGUUACGCGAAUGCUACCUCCUGGAGCUGCAGAGCUUAACCUCUCUCCUCUGACACAGACAACUGGCAUCAUGGGCAUUGGUCUCCUAUACUGCAACACUCAACAUCGCCGAAUGAGCGAAAUCAUGCUUUCGGAGAUUGAGCAUGUUGAAACUGAAGUGCUGGAUGAGCCCCUGAGAAAUGAAGGCUACAGACUUGCAGCGGGAUUCGCCCUCGGGUUCAUCAACCUAGGGAAAGGUUCUGAUCUUCGAGGUUUACAUGAUAUGCAGUUGACGGAGAGGCUGUUGAAGCUUGCCGUUGGAAGCAAGAAAGUCAACUUGAUACAUGUCCUCGACAAAGCAACCGCUGGUGCUGUUAUUGCCAUUGCUCUCAUAUUUAUGAAGUCUGAAGAUCAUGCUUUAGCACGGAAGAUCGACGUUCCCAGUUCCAUUCUUCAAUUUGAUUAUAUCAGGCCCGACACGUUCCUGCUCCGCACACUUGCAACACAUCUGAUUAUGUGGAGCAAAAUUGAAGCAACUGCGUCCUGGAUUGAGAAGAAUUUGCCGAGAGAAUACAAAUUCAAGAGUAGCCUGACCAGCGUCCAUCACCUAUCAGCCGAAGAUUUACCAUUUUACAAUAUACUCGGUGGCCUUUGCUUCAGUAUUGCUCUACGAUACAGUGGAACUGGGGACCUUCGUGUUAGAGACCUCCUUGUCCACUAUCUGGACCAAUUUAUGCGCAUCUGUGCUCUUCCAGCCUCCAAUUAUGACCAGAAGCUGGCACGGAAUACUAUUCGGAACUGUCAAGACCUUCUGGCACUUUGUGCGGCUACAGUGAUGGCUGGAUCUGGUGACCUGGUGGUUUUCAGGCGCCUCAGAGUGUUGCGUGGCCGCGACGACAACGAGACGCCAUAUGGAAGCCACAUGGCAGCACACGUUGCAAUCGGCGCAUUGUUUCUUGCUGGCGGCACUCACACGUUUGGCACGUCGAACCUUGCCAUCGCGGCUCUUAUGGCUGCUUUCUACCCACUCUUCCCAACUUCGAUUUUGGACAACAAAUCUCAUCUCCAAGCUUUCCGCCACUUCUGGGUCCUAGCAACAGAAGCAAGGUGUGUGGUAGCACGCGACAUUGAUACCAAUAUGCCGGUUUCCAUACCCCUUGAGAUUUCUCUACGCACGGACAAGUUUACCACGGGAACCAACCCUUCGGUGUCAAGACAUGCACCUUGUCUUCUCCCUGAGAUUGACAAUAUAAUCUCCGUCGGUACCGAAAGUCGAGAAUUCUGGAACGUGGUGCUCGAUUUUGAGAAGAACCCUGAUCACUUGAAAGCAUUCAAGUCAACACAAACCAUAUACGUAAGAAGACGCCCUGCUUAUGAUGCAAGUGCGGCGGCUUUCCACGCUACCCUUCAGGCCCUUGAUGAUACAGAUGGAGCAGAUCAGCAUCCUCUGCAGUGGUUAUUUGAGCUACCGGCAUUUUCCAUGCUGACAACAGCGGAACGAGCUCUUGUUAUUCCGCCGGAGGGCUCUAAGGGACGAGCAGCUCACACGAGCACAGAAGGUACGCUGGUGGAUGCGCGGUUGGUCCUGGAGGAGGCAACGCUUCACAGUGGUAAGAGAGACAGGUUGCAGGGCCUAAAAUUACUGUUUGAAUGGGCGAACAUGAUGCAGCGAGAUGGCAGAGAGAUGCAAUGGGUUCGGCAGGAGGUUGUAGAUAGGCUCAGGGCAAAAGUUUGGAUGAUGAGCAUCGAAGGUGACGAUGAGCAUCAAUGAUGGGGUUAGAAACAUAGACGGUAUACGAAUGCAAUGAUGCAAGGCUAUAUUCUUGGAACAUAGAUAGCAACAUAGAAACAUAAUCUGCU